CGACAGCGGACCUUAACCUGGAAAGCGACAACUUGAAGAACAUACAACGAGACAAAUAGACAUCUCUCCUGUUUUAGCAAGCCGAUUUGUGAGAUGAGUGACAAGGAGCGUGGCAUAGAGGAGGAGAAGGCAAAACUGCUGGAGGGCAGGAAGGAUGUGGAGGCUGGAAAGCACCUCAUGACCUCGGCGAAAUCUCUCAGCCUUGGGGGCUUUGGGUUGACUUCGAUCGUGAUCCUCUAUUACGCAAUAUGUAGUUCAACUAUGCUUGUGAUCAACAAGGUCGCCAUCUACCACUUUCCUUGCCCGAUCUCUCUACUAUGUCUCCAACUAUUCUUCUCUGCCUUUGCUGUCACGUUGGGGCACUACGUCGGCGUCGUUUCAGCUGAAGCAAUUGACUUCGAUAAGCUGAAGAAGUUCGUCUGGGUCGUCGUCGGGUUUCUUGGUACCAUCUUCGCCAACAUUAAGGUUUUGCAACACGCUAAUGUGGAGACGUUCAUAACGUUUCGGUCUACGACACCGCUGAUCUUGUCGAUCUGUGACUACAUAUAUCUUGGGAGGGCGCUGCCAACAAUGCGCUCAUGGCUCAGCCUGGUCGUGCUCCUGUCGGGUAGCUUUGGAUAUGUACUGGUGGACAGCGACUUCAAGAUUGAUGCUUACUACUGGCUAUUGCUUUGGUAUGCGUUCUUCACGUUCGACACCGUUUACGUCAAGCACAUGUGCGAGACCGUCAAGAUGACUAACUGGAGUCGAGUGUAUUACACCAACGCCAUUGCGCUGGGACCUCUUCUGCUCGCACUGCCCCUUGCGGGCGAGCAGGACCGGCUGAGCUCUGUAGUCUGGACGUCGAACGUCUGGGUGCCGGUGCUGCUGUCGUGCCUGAUGGGCAUUUGCAUGUCGCACAGCGCCUACCUGCUCCGUGAUACGGUGUCCGCCACGCUGUUCACCAUUGUGGGUAUUUUGUGCAAGAUCAUCACCGUCGUCAUCAACGUACUCAUCUGGGACAAGCACGCAACGCCGGCAGGGAUCGGCUUCCUGCUUGUAUGCGUUUUCGCUGGGACGUUCUACGAGCAGGCGCCAAAGCGAGCCUUGUAGAGCUGUGCUUGGGUACUUUUCAAGCGGGCUGCCAAGCGGCAAUCGCAACCUUCCGAAUCGUUUUGUAUUUGUAAGCUUAGCAAUGAUGGUGGGUCUUCGGGUAUCGCUGCCUGCCAUUGGGACGGUGUAAAUCCCGAUUUCUUUUCUAUGCCGUGAAAAGAUCGUAAGGCGGAGGUCGGAUGGAACCUGCGGAUAACGUGAUAGCUGCGCAAGCAAAUGUGAUAUCCGCGCACGCGAUAUUAAGGGAGUAGGCUUUUUGCUUAAGAAAGUAGGUUUGGAAGUGCCGCUUGGGAAACUGUGUUCCAAGAAAUUGCCGGAACUUCUCUCCCUGAUUUGCACGGCAGAGGGGCAGACAUUCAUCCAGCUGACUGUAAGUGGAUGGUACGCAGUAGUAGUGAUAGAUACCUCCUUUAUUCCCAGGUACUGCCCCCUGACCGCCCCACGCUGUGAGCUCUGUUCGUGUGGAUGGUGCGAAUGUUAGACCUUCGUAGCGGUUAUAACCUAAUUGCACGUGGUUGGUUGGUUGGUUGUGUCACGUGCCCUAGUUAGUUUAUGAGUUCACAUUUCUCACGAUGCGGAUGUGGAUAGUCAUCUGAGGAUUUACUGGGUGGCACACGCUAGAAUGGUUGUGACUGCGUAGUUCUUUGUCUCUAGAUUGUUCAGUCGGACAAGUGAGAGGGAGGUUCUUUUACUUGUAGGAUGCAUCUGUUCGUCCAGAUGACGUGUCGUCGUACGUAGUCGGGCGCCCUUAAGAAGGGGAACGCUAAUGGUUUGGUUUGGAAGAGAGCUCAAGAGGAAGGGUCCCAACGCUCAAACAUACUGUAACCGACGUUUCGAGUUUC